GUCGUCGGAAUGACUUUCUUCAGUCUCUGUUUCGUUUGAAUAUCUUUAAAAGGCAUUAAACUUUUCAAUAUUGGUUUAGAUUAAAGGUACGCUAAUUUUAAUGUUUUUAGUACAGUAGCACUGACGAUAGAUAGCGUUUGUUCGGAUAGCUUAUCAUUUUGUUAAGUAACUAAAGUUGUAAGUGGUUAUAUUAUUGUGUAUGUUUUCUUGCGCACUCAUUCAGUCGCGAGCCGGCGACGAAAACGAACGUGUCGACUUAUAUGACUGCAAAAUGAAGUGGGCGUUUGUUUUGGUAGCGUGUUUGUGUUUUUUAAAUUCCCUCGUGGAGUGUAAAUGGAAACAUGAGCGACGAGAAAAUCAUUGGCGGGAAAAUGCUAACGAGAUGACGACAUCCAGCUACAGAGAGGACCCUCCUGAUCACACCAAGUUGAUUCCUAUGGCUCGAUACGUCUUGCACAAUGCAGACUGGGCCUCUCUAGCUACGAUAUCAAUCCUGCCGGCUAUCGAAGGAUUUCCUUUCUCCAACGUCAAGUCCAUAGUAGACGGGUCUCUCGCUAAUUCUACAGGAGUGCCAUACUUCUACAUGUCACCGUUGGACUUCAGUGCUCGCGAUUUGUCGAAAAACAGCCGUGCUACCGUUCUCGUGUCCCUGGAAGAGACGAGGUACUGCGAGAAUAAGAAAAUUGACCCUGAAGACCCAAGGUGCACCAGGUUGAUGCUCUCAGGAAAGAUGAAGAAGAUUAAGGAGCGCACUCCAGAGUACGAGUUUGCAAAGGCGGCGUUGUUUGAAAGACAUCCGGCUAUGGCUGACUUCCCUCCGGAUCACAACUGGUUUGUAGCUAAGUUGAAGAUCGCUCAGAUCGCAAUGGUUGAUUGGUUCGGCGGCGCCAAGUACAUCCCAGUCCGCGACUACCUAGCAUACAACUACACUGGCACAGAAAUGCUACAGUUCCGCAACAAAGGUUUACAGAAGUAAAUAAUUAGGCUAAUCACACUUUAGACAUGACUUUGAGUCUUAUCUCCAUCAAAAUAAGAUUCAUAGUUGAAUGCAAACCUGUUAAAUUAGACCAUACAAGUAUUGUUUCCCUAAAACGUGUUAAAACUGCGGUCGGCCUUAGCAGUCCUUUAUUUUCCUUAAGAGUUGCCGUAUACUUAGUGUGAUGGAAUUACCAACUUUAGAAGGAGUCCGUUACCAAAUAGAAUCCUCGCUUUGUUAAAAGUAUGUAUGUAUAAGUAAUAAUAAAAUAGUAAUGUAAACCUGUGAUAUAAGUGAACAAAACAAUACUAUUUUUAUACUAACUUACACUUAGCAUUUCAUACAAAAUGUUUGUUUUAAUAAAUAUAAAAAAAAACAUUACUUUUACAAUAAA